AUGGCUGGUGCAAAGAUACUGCUGUUCCUGCAGAGUCUGUCCCGUAGGAAACCUCUGGAGCCUGAAGGAGAGGUGUCCAACUUUCGGCGAUGCCUGACCACCCUGGACCUGGUGGCCCUGGGGGUCGGCAGCACACUGGGGGCCGGCGUGUACGUGUUGUCGGGAGAAGUGGCCCGAACCGUGGCCGGGCCGAGUAUCAUAGUCUCCUUCCUGAUUGCAGCAGUGGCCUCCGUCUUUGCGGGACUUUGCUACGCCGAGUUUGGAGCUCGCGUUCCCAAGACUGGCUCUGCCUACCUCUACAGCUACGUGACUGUGGGGGAGAUAUGGGCUUUCAUCACUGGCUGGAACCUGUUGCUGUCUUAUGUGAUUGGGACGUCGAGCGUUGCCAGGGCAUGGAGUGGGACCUUUGACGAUCUCAUUGGGAACGUCAUCGCCAACUCUCUGGGCAAACAAGCUGCGAUGAACUUACCUGGAUUGGCUCCCUACCCAGACUUCUUUGCAGCUGGCCUCAUCAUUCUCUUGGCAGGAAAGUUUCAUAAUCUAAAUUGCUGGAUUCUUGCAUUUGGUGUUAAAGAGUCUGCUAUUGUAAAUAAGGUUUUUACAGCAGUAAACAUUCUGGUGUUGCUGUUUGUUAUCCUCUCUGGAGCCAUUAAAGGAGACAUCAACAACUGGUACAUCGGGAAAGAAAGCAUCAACGUAUUUCCUCUUUGCAGAAACUACACAUCACUGAAUGCCACAAGCCGGUAUGGAGGUGGAGGAUUUUUUCCUUUCGGCUUCGAGGGAACAUUAGCAGGAGCAGCAACAUGCUUUUAUGCCUUUGUUGGAUUCGACUGCAUUGCCACAACAGGAGAGGAGGUUCAAAACCCUCAGAAGUCGAUCCCACUCGGCAUCGUGGCGUCCCUCCUCAUCUGCUUCCUUGCUUACUUCGGGGUGUCUGCAGCCCUAACUCUUCUGAUGCCCUACUAUUUGCUUAGUGCUCACAGCCCCUUGCCUGUGGCCUUUACCUACAUCGGCUGGGGACCUGCAAAGUAUGUAGUGGCUGUGGGAUCCCUCUGUGCACUGUCAACAAGCCUACUAGGAUCAAUGUUCCCGAUGCCCCGCGUCCUCUUUGCCAUGGCCAGGGAUGGACUUCUCUUCAGACCUCUCAAUAAAAUGAGUGACAGGCAAAGUCCCGUUAUAGCGACGGUGGCUUCAGGGGUUGUAGCAGCUAUCAUGGCAUUGUUGUUUGACCUGAAGGCGCUAGUUGACAUGAUGUCAAUUGGGACCCUUUUUGCCUACACACUUGUUGCCAUAUGUAUCCUCAUAUUAAGAUACCAAGCAGACCUCGUCUUUUUAGCUGUCGUCGGGAGCCUCGUCAUAUCUCAGUCUGCGGACUCCCUGCAGGCCCUCGAGUGGUGGAGUUUACUCUGUGUCUCUAUCAUCAUACUGACGCUGGUCUUCAGUACAUUGAUCAUCUGGAGACAACCACAGAACACAACCAAAGCUGCAUUCAUGGUUCCUUUUGUGCCUUUGCUUCCUGUUUUCAGCACCUUUGUCAAUGUUUAUCUUAUGGUUCAACUUGGAUCGGACACUUGGAUCCGCUAUGUAGUGUGGAUGGCAGUAGGUUUAAUCAUCUACUUCUGUUAUGGUGUUCAGCAUAGUGUGCAGAAACAAAGGCUCCAAAAUUCACAAAACCAUGUCAGGAUUCACAGCAUCACCACCACUAUGGAGCAGAAUUUUGAGUCCGGAGAAGACUUUAAUGGCUAA